UUUUAAUAUCAGCUGAGCAGCGCUGGGCGACAGAUCUAAACAGAAGUUUUGUAUGGUUUCUGAAAGAAACCUCUGAUUUGCGUCUAAAUUUGGAUGAUUGUUUUACAUGGCUGUGAUGGAGAUUUGUGUUUGGAAAGGGCUCGUUUUAGCUCUUUUCAUCUUUGCUGUUGGUGGACAGAGAUCGGGACUAUCCUUCUUGGUGACAUUUCCUGCGGUGAUUGAGUCCAGCUCUGAUGCCAAAUUGUGUGCAAGUCUUCUGAAACCCAAUGAGACUCUCACAUUGACCGUUUCUCUGCUUGAUCACAAAAACCAGACAACACAACUUGUGCAGCAGAGAUCUUCAGCAGAGUUUCACCGCUGCUUUAGUUUCCAGGCUCCUCGAGUAGAUGGAGAAUUGGUGCAGAAACUGAGGGUGGUAGUUCAAGGGAGGGUUUUCAAAAUGAUCGAAGAGAGGAAAGUCAUGUUCAAACAUUACCUGCCUUUGACCUUCAUCCAAACUGACAAACCCAUCUACAAUCCAGGACAAGCUGUGAAUUUCAGAGUUGUGACCAUGAAUACCAAAUUUGUGCCUCUUGAUCAAAUGUACAGUCUGGUGGUAGUGGAGGACAAUAAUAAUAAUCGGAUUGGUCAGUGGACAAAUGUUUCCUCAACGAGGUGGAUUUUGCAGCUUUCUCAUGAGUUGAACCCAGAGGCUCAGAUAGGGAUGUACACACUGAGUGCUUUUAUUGGUGACCGAAUGAUCUCACAGGUUUUUGAGGUGAAAAAAUAUGUUUUACCCAAGUUUGAGGUCACCUUAACUGCACCACAGAUGUACAGUGUUGGAGAUGUGGGACUGAAAGUUGAGGCUUGUGCCAAAUACACAUAUGACCAACCUGUACCAGGUCAAGCAUUGGUGGAAGUGUGCCGUGAGCCAUUUCCAUAUGAUGAGGUUCCUGGUUUGACUCGUCAAUGCCUGUAUAAAUACAUUAAGAUGAAUGCCACGGGCUGUGCCUCCCUUAACUUCAGUACAUCUGUGUUUUUCAACUCCAAAUUUGAGAAUAAUAUGCAAAAUUCCCUUCUUGUUAAUGUGAAUGUCACUGAGGAGGCAACAGACGUAGUCAUGUCAAAGUCCACAAAUGUGUCCAUUACGUUUGAAGUUGGCAAGAUCACCUUUGUGGGGCUCCCAGAGUUCUUUCAACCUGGAUCAACGAUUGUGGGAAAGAUCUCUGCAUCUUUUUUCAAUGGGACUCCAAUUGUGAGCAAAGCGGUGUAUCUGCUGGAUGGUUCCAGCUUGCCCAACGAACUGCUGUUGAAUCUGACUACAAACCAGAACGGACUGGCCACGUUGUCCUUUAACACUGCUGAUCUCCGUAAAGCUGAUCUUAAUCUGGUGGCAAGUGCAACUCCAGUGAAUUCUUAUGGUUCCAAAUCGCCGUACUUCAGUUCAGAUACAAGAGUGGUUCAACAUCUCCAACCUGCUACUCCCAACAGCCCAACCUUCAGUGAACUGUCUAUAGUGAAGCUUGAGCAACCAUUGAAAUGUGGCACCACUUAUCCAGUGACCAUCAAGUAUUCUUUUGUUGGCGAAACUGGCAACUUCGAUGCUGACAUCGUCUAUAUGGUCUUGUCCAGAGCAGUGAUUUUUCUCCAUGGGUUUAAGAAGGUUCAAGUGAGGGCUUCUAAUAGCAUCACGAGCGGCACCAUGUCAUUCCAGCUGUCUGUGGGUGGUGAUUUGGCACCAGUUGUGCAAAUUCUGGCUUUCUGCGUUCUGCCCAGUGAGAAUGUAGUUGUUGGUAGUGUGGCUUUUGACACCGAAAUGUGUUUCCAAAACCAGGUGUCUCUGCAGUUCUCUCCAGCUACUGCCGUUCCUGGCGAGAAAAACACUUUGACUGUUUCUGCCCAAGCAGGAUCCCUGUGUGGCCUCAGCGCUGUAGAUCAGAGCAUCCUGAUCAUGGAGCCAGGAAGACGUCUGAGUGCUGAAAUGGUUUUCAACAUGCUCCUGAUACGAUCUGCAUCAGGUUACCCAUACAGCGUUAACGAUGAACAGGAGUGUAUGAGUUUUCGACUCCGUCGAGCUGUUCCUAUAGAUCAUGCCUAUACAAGUUUCAGGAGCGUGGGGAUGAAGCUCGCAACAAAUCUGAAUGUACGAGAACCUGAGUGCCUGACGUACAAAGGCAUGAAGUAUUAUCGCAGCUUCCCCAAAAUGAACUUUGAAAUGCAGCCCUUUGCGGUGGAUGCGAUGGCUGCUGCUCCAGUAGCAGAGAGUGGAGGCGAGAGCAGUUCCUCUUCCUCUUUUGACCUAACUGUCAGGACUUAUUUUCCAGAAACUUGGAUAUGGCAGCUUGCUCAAGUGGGAGACUCUGGGUCCACACGGGUUCCUCUCAAGGUUCCUGACACCAUCACCAAAUGGGAGACAGGGGCGUUCUGUUUGUCCUCCAAAGGUUUCGGUUUGGCUCCUCCGGUUUCACUGAUGGUCUUCCAACCCUUCUUUCUGGAGCUUUCUCUGCCAUACUCCAUGAUCCGUGGGGAGUCAUUUGAGCUGAAGGCCACAGUCUUCAACUAUCUGUCCAAGUGCAUCAUGGCUAAAGUAACUCCAACUCAAUCCUUGGCCUUCACUCUGAGACCAUUUAAUGAUCCGUAUUCAUCCUGUCUCUGUUCCAACGGAAGAAAGUCCUUUAAAUGGAUUCUCUCAGCUUCUGUUCUCGGAGCUGUAAAUGUGACUGUCAGUGCUCAGGCUGAACAAUCCCAGACUCUGUGUGGUAAUGAGGUUGUGACUGUGCCAACGAGAGGACGCAUUGACAUAGUCACUCGAAGUCUUCUUGUCUUGGCUGAAGGAGUAGAAAGGACCGUCACCCAUAGUUGGUUACUGUGCCCAAAGGCAAGCGUCAUUUCAGAAGAUGUGACACAGGCGUUUCCUGAAAAUGUGAUCCAGGGAUCAGCCAGAUGCUCCAUUUCAGUCCUUGGGGACAUAAUGGGUCGUGCACUGAAGAAUCUGGAUGGAUUGUUACGGAUGCCAUAUGGCUGUGGAGAACAAAAUAUGGGUGUUCUUGCUCCCAAUAUUUACAUCCUACAGUACCUGGAAGUCACGGCACAGCUCACCACAGCCAUCCAAGAGACCGCCAAGGGUUACCUUCAGAGAGGAUAUCAAGGACAACUGAACUAUAGGCACCGUGACGGUUCAUACAGCACAUUUGGUUAUGAUGAAUCGAACACAUGGUUGACUGCCUUUGUCCUGAGAUCUUUUGGCCUAGCGAGGCGUUUCAUCUUCAUCGAUCCAAAUGUCCUUCGGAGUGCAAAGGAUUGGUUGAUCAGCAAGCAGGGUUCAGACGGCUGUUUCGUGCAGCAGGGAACUCUGUACCACUAUGAAAUGAAGGGUGGAGUUGAUGAUAACGUAACCAUGACUGCAUACAUCACUGCGUCACUGCUUGAACUAGACGUCCCUGUCAUGGAUCCUGUCAUCACCAGCGCUCUGUCGUGCUUAAGGUCUGUCUUUGGGAACCUGGAAAACACUUACGCCACUGCUCUGCUUGCCUACACUUUCAGUCUGGUUGGAGAGACCAGCACUCGAUCACAGCUCUUAACUAUUCUGGACAACCGUGCCAUUUCUGAAGGCACUAAGCUCCAUUGGUCUCAGACUUCAUCUGGUGAUACUCUGGCAGUGGAGAUCAGCUCAUAUGUGCUGCUAGCGGUUCUCUCUGUACAGCCUCUCACGACAGCUGCUCUGAGCUAUGCUAACCGCAUUGUCAACUGGCUCGUGGUCAAGCAGAAUCCCUAUGGAGGCUUUUCCUCCACCCAGGACACUGUGGUGGCUCUUCAUGCUCUGUCAGUGUACGCCGCUGAAGUGUUCAGCUUGGAGGGCUCCAGCACCAUCACCGUACAGUCCUCAGUGGUAGGAGGAGACUCUUAUAGCUUUGACGUGAAUCGGGACAACAGGCUGCUGUAUCAGGAGAAGCCACUGAAGAAUGUUCCAGGCAAAUACAGUGUUAACGCGAUGGGCUCCACCUGUGUGUCUGUGCAGCUUGCGUGUUUCUACAACAUCCCGACACCUAUUAAAUUCGCCAGGAUGCUGACUGUUGAGGCAAAGGUGAAGGGAGACUGCCAACUGCUUGGAGCCAAUCUAAUGUUGAGCUUCACAGUGAAAUACAGUGGUGCAAAAGCAAGUACUAACAUGGUUAUCGUGGACAUUAAACUCCUGUCUGGCUUCACGGCAGAUACGUCACCACUUGGAACUCCACCUGAUGCGUUUGUCCCACUAGUGGAGCGAGUUGAUACUGGAGAGGAUCAUGUCCUAGUGUAUCUGAAAGAGGUUCCCAAAAGUGUCCCUAUGAGUUACACAAUACGACUGAAACAGGUUCUUGUAGUGAAAAACCUCAAGCCAGCAGUCAUCAACGUUUAUGACUACUAUCAGACAAGUGAUCAGUUUGAGACUACAUAUACGUCCCCCUGUCAAUAAUUGUGAUGCAGUACUGGCUACAGGACGCUUGAAUCAAAUAAAAAAUUUUAUAC